AUGACCCCACAGACAAACACCGUCAACACUCCUGCUGUGAGCGUUGGUGGAUUUCUGUCUCGGAAACCCUCUAUCUGUGCCGCCAUGUCCCAAGCGCGCAGUAUCUGCGCACAACGUACUGCCUUGGACUCCCGCCCCAAUUGUACUUUUAAUAAGACUGCCCCUACCGAGACCUAUUCCAACCUAGGCCGCCGCUCCUCCCUGGCCCGAUCCGCCUCGUCAACUUCGUCACCAGAGUCCAUGAUCUCUGACGUGCCCUCUCUUGCAUCAUCGUCGUCCCGUUCAUCCCGUUCGUCACGAUCUUCCUCCAUCUCAUCCGUCGCAUCAGGGACCUGUGCGCCUGCGCAGCCAAGAUUGGCUAUGCGGGCGACUCGUCGAUGCGCGAACAUGCAGAAUUAUUCGCUCGCCGCUCCUGCGGCGAAGGAAUACCGGAAGACCUCGUCAUUUACCUCGCUGCUCAGGGCCUCUGCGAGCUCUUCCGGUGCCCUGCCCCGCUCGUUCCACCUUUCCUCUUCUCACGCAAUCUCCCACCCAACCAACAACAACACCGCCGCAAAUUCAUCCGCACCACCCUCGAAACCCUCCACUCCAUCAACCACCACAAUCACCACCCGAACCUCCCGCAAACGUUCCCGCACCCCCUCCAACGACUUCGCCCUACACACCACAGUGCGCGAAGAACUCCUCUCAUUCUCUUCUUCGUCGCCUUCCUCCCUCCACACCCUCCGAAGCAACGAGGAUGAUGGCAACACCGUUGUCGCCCCAGAUACACAGGUUGCUGACUCGUUUCUCGUCUCUCAAGUACCACAACAACAACCGAUACAGAUGCAAGUGCAACUGCAGCCGCAGCCGCAGCCGCAGCCACAGUCACCGCCGCCCUCCACUCCCUCUUCGUUCAUGAAUGCCGGCUGUGGCACGGCGAAGUUUGCUCUGCCGCUGCCUCGGCCGCGACCGUGUAAUAGUAAUAGUGGUGGUGGUGGUAGUGCUGGGAGCAGUAGUAUCAAGCGUGCCUGCUGUGCGAAGGAGGCGGCAAAGUAUCUGUGGGGGGUUGGUGCAGGCGUUGCCGGAGUCGGGGUCGCUGGCGGGGAGGGCGGGGAAAUUGUGGACUGA